AUGGAGAAGAGGCCCGUCGUGGAAGAAGAUUACAAAGAUGAGGAAGAUGUUGGCGGGAAGGGCAAGGAAAAGGUGAGCAGCUCCAUAACGAGGCGGAACUCGCGAGAGGAGAGCGCGUACCAGCCAUCGCCCAAGCUGUCGUCGUCGCGGAGGUCCGUCGGCUGUCCCAUCUGUUUCGAGCCCAUUCGCGACCCCCGGCUCCUGCGAGUAUGUGGCCACACCUUCUGCUACGACUGCCUGAAGAGGGCGCAUUUCAAGGACAAGCAAGAAGGGUGGGUUCUGGAUGAGGCCAUCGCCAUCCCGUGCCCCAUGUGUCGCACGGUGACCCACGUCUCCUCCGCCUCCGACCUGCCCCGGAAUUGGUCCCUCAUCUACGACUCGUCGGACGAAGAGGAGGACUACGACGUCGGCGAUGAUGACUUUGUGCAUGUCGCGCGGGAGCAGGAUUUCCACAAGCUGCGGCCGGAGGAGACGGAGAGCUUCUGCCACUGGGUCGACAAGACCCAGCUCGACACCGGCCUGCCCCAACGCAUGCUCCAGGAGUACGAAAGGCGAAAAGCCAAUCAGCCGGGCAAGGAGCCCAACAAGGUCACAUUUUUGCUGUUGGGACUGACGGGCCACGGCAAGAGCAGCCUCAUCAACCUACUCUUCGGGCGGCUGGUCACGGCGCAGGGCCAUUCGCAGAACUCUACGACACAGGACGUCGCGCUCUACGAACAUCCGCUCGUGGAUGGGCUCUACUUCAUCGACACGCCGGGCUUCUUUGAUUCCAGGGGCGAGGCGCAGGACCAGGAGAACGAGGCCAAGAUCAAGCGGUUCCUGAAGGGCCACCCGCCCGACUGUAUCAUAUUGGUGUGCAAGUUUUCGGACACCCAGAGCAGCGCCAUGCAAAAGGGAAUCAAGUUCGCCAAGGAGGUGCUGGAGGCCUACGGCUGCCAGGUCGUGGUCGUGCUCACCUACUCCAACACCAAGAGCCUGGGCCACCUGGCCUCCUGCGAGGAAGAAUUUCAAACGCUGAAGAGCCUGCGACGAAAGAAGGAGGCGGUGCUGUGCAGAUGGAAUGCGUGGCGUCAGGCCAAGGAGCACUACCUGCGCUCGGAGCUGGGCGACGCCAUCCGCGUGUGCGCCGUCGACAACGACGAGCUCUCCAAGACCAACCACAUCGGGGAGCGGAUACUGCUCAAUGGCGAACCGUGGGUGCCGCAGUUGGUCGAGCACAUCCUGGAAGCCAAGGACUUAGCUGCGAGCCGGAUCGCGCAAGGGCUCGAGCAGGGAACAGCCGACGUUGAAGUCCAGUCGGCCACCAAGAAGUGCAUCCUGGAUCGCAUGAAGCAGGUCCUCACCGUCGCCUCGGUCUCUGGUGCUACUGGCGGGGCUCUGGUGAUCUACGAGGCGACGGCGCUGGUGGCAGCCGAGGGCGGGAGUCUGAGCGUGGGGGCCAUGCUCGGGGCCGGGGCCGCCGGCGCGGCGCUCACCGCCGUGCCGGUCUUGGUCGUGGGCGGCCUCGGCGUCCUACUCUCCUCGGCCAUGUGGAACCUGUGGACGCAGUGGAAGCAGCAGGGCGGCCACCUCUUGUGA